AUGCCUAGCACAUCUCCUGUCGUUCUCAUCCUCGGCGCAGGGCCCAAUAUUGGCAAAGCCCUCGCCCGCACCUUUGCAGCUGGAGGCUACAAAGUUGCCCUUGCCGCUCGAUCCCUCAAGGAGACCGACAGCACCGACACCCAACUCAACAUCACGAGCGACUUCUCCAAGACGGACGAUGUCGUCAAUGCCUUUGCCAAAGUGAAAAAGGCGUUUGGCAUCCCCAGCGUCGUUAUUUACAAUUGCAGCGCGAACACAUUCACGUCUGCAGACGAUCCCUUGGCGAUUCCGCUUGCCGACUUCCGCGCGGAGAGGACAAUCAACAUCGACAGUGCUUUUGUUGCGGCGCAGCAGGCCGUCCUGGGCUUUGAGCAGCUCCCGUCGUCGGCUGCGCGCACUUUCAUAUAUACUGGUAAUGUCACCAACGUAGCCAUUCUCCCAAAAAUGCUGUCAUCGGGCGUCGGUAAAUCGGGUGCGGCUCAUAUGAUCUGGGCGGCCUCGGCAGGGUACAAAGACCGUGGAUACAAGUUUUACUAUGCCGAUGAACGAAAGGAAGAUGGAUCUCCCAAGUAUCGCAUCGACGGCGACGCACAUGCGAAACUCUACUGGGAACUGGCCCACGCCGACGCGCAGGGUCCGUGGAUGCAGACAUUCGUGACAGGUGUGGGAUACAAGAAGUUUGACACCAUAUAUACGCCUCUAGCAUAG